AUGUCAGUAUCGACGCCAACCCAUUCGUCUAUUCUGGAUGCACCGGACCCAUGUAUGAUAUUCGAUGAUUAUCUACUAAGUAUUGAGGACUUGGCUCCUGAAUUACAAAACAUUUUUGGUGAACUUACUCGCAAGAAUAAGCAGACUCGAGUCCUAAAAGACGAAUUCGAAAAGGAAAAUCGUGUAUGGGACAAUUUUGAAAAGAUCUAUGGUCGUUUGACGCCUUAUCCUGAUGAAGACGCCGUAUUGUCUCGGGUACAGCGGAUAAAAGAUCGAAUCUCUGAUCUAUCUGAUGAAAAGAUUCGGAUUGCUGAUCAAGCUGUACACUUGAUUGAUGCACACAUCAAACGACUAGAUCAGGAUUUAGCGAUGUUUACCCUACCAAAUCAAUCAGAAUCGAUACCUAGCUCACCAGAUGUAUCUGGCAUAACAUUGACUGAACCUGAGCCUAUCAUUUAUAUGCCUACUCCACCACCUGCUGCGGCACCUGCCUCACCCCCAGUGUAUGGAGGCAUGGUUGGUGCUUUCAUGCCUCCUCCUGAACGUAUGGCGUCUCCAUCUAUUGUUUAUCCUCAACAAUUAUCCGUGAUGAAGAAAGCAAUGAAGAAGGAAGCACUGACGCCAUCAGCCGGGGGUGGUGGUACAGUUAAGAAGAGAAAGAGACCUGUUGACAAGAUCGUCAAACGCUCAAACAGCUCGUUACGGUUUAGCUUUACUCCAGAACCCGAAAAUAUUGCUCCAUCAGGACCAAGUCCUAUAGGCCAACUGCCAAUAUUGAAAGAUCCACGACAAACGCAACUAUCAUUCCAACCAGAGAUUGUUGAGGCUCAGAAUGAAGUUGUCGAGAAUGAAGAAGAUGCAAAGCUUUACUGUUUAUGCCAAACCGUGUCUCAUGGCGAGAUGAUUGCUUGUGACAAUGAGGUCAGAUUGCCAUAUCGAAUGGUUUCACUUGCCUUGUGUGGGAUUGACACAAGUCCCUGCUGGACAGUGGUAUUGCAUCGAAUGUCGGAAAGGGAUGAAGUCAAGACGCAAGUCUAA